AUGAGUUCCAUAGGCGUCUUUAAAAAAGUGGAAAUCGAUGGAAACCCAACUUUCGUUUUCACACUAGAUCACAGUCCAAACUCCUCCGAUGAAGCAGCCAUCGUUUCUGGUGGAAGCGGCGACCUCCCUCUUCAACAACCUCUUUUCUUAUGCCCAUGGACACGCUUUCUUUUGGAAGCCCGUAGAGAAGAAAAGAGAGGUGGAGACAGAGAACGGGAAAAGCUUUUCCCGUUCCAUGAUUCCCCUCACUUUCCUUCUAGUGGUCUGCAAGAGGAGUCUUUGCCUGUUGAUGAAACCGGAGAGGAAUUCGGAUGGCUGGAGCUUGGUGCAAGUUAUCUUACUAAAGGGCAAAAGAUACGUUGUAAGCUUCCUGUACUCCCUCUGUAUUGGUGCAACAAUGAAGAACCUGAUGAUGAUGGUGAAAAUAUUUGCAUGUGUGAAAACAGAAAUGUCGGUACAGACUAUUAUUUCUGCGUAGGGUGUGAUGAGAGAUACCACAAAGAAUGUGUUGAGUCUCCACUUCAAAUCAAACAUCCUUUCCACCCUAGACACUCUCUCCAACUUUUCCUGACUCCUCGUGGAUGCGAUUAUCAUUGUGCCCAUUGUUUAACAUAUCUAACUUUGAAAAGUUACCAUUGUACUAGCUGCAAUCUGAACUUGGACCCAAUUUGUGCUAUGAAGCAGCUACCCAUUGUUAAAAACCACCCAAAAAGGCAUGUCCAUCCUCUCACCUUUUUCCCUAGACAAGAUUCCUUAGCUUGCAAUGUUUGUGGUGUGAUUAAAAAAUUCAAUCCCACCUAUGUCUGUGUUCCAUGUGACUUCGUAGCCCAUCGAAACUGUAUUUAUUUCCCUUUUGUCAUAAAAAUAUCCCGUCACCGUCAUCGCGUUGCUUUUACCUCUUCUCUUCCUUCUGGGGAAUGGUUUUGUGGAGUCUGUCGUCGAGAGAUUGACAACCAUUAUGGUGCGUACGCUUGCCAGAAACAUUGUAAUAACUAUUUCGUUCAUACAAGAUGUGCGUUGCGGGGAGAUGUGUGGGAUGGAGUUGAACUCGAAGGAGUACCAGAAGAACCCGAUGUAGUUGUUGAGCCGUUCGAGAGGAUAGCUGAAGGAAUAAUACUCCAUUUUACUCAUGCCCAUCAGAUGCGACUCGAGGUCAGUUUAGUUUACGACCGCACAAAAAUUUGCCAAGCAUGUGUCCUUCCGAUCUACGAGGGUAGUUUCUAUGCAUGUAUGGAUCAAUGUGACUUUAUCCUACAUGAUGCAUGUGCAAAUGCUCCCCGGAGGAUACAUCAUCCGUUACAUCCACAUCCACUUACGCUAAAGGCCGUCGCUGUUACAUUUGAAGAUGAUGGUCAGUUUCAUUGUAAUGCUUGUGCUCAGCGUGGUUGUGGUUUUGUUUAUGAGUGUCAAGUAGAAGAAGAAUGCUUCCAACUAGACGUAAUGUGUGCCUCCAUUUCUGAGCCGUUUCAUUAUCAUGGUCAUAAACAUCCUUUGUUCCUAGCUUUAGAUCCAGAUGAGAAACAUCAAUGCCACAUUUGCAAAGGAGGGUACAUAAGGUAUAAGCAUGAUAAGCAUUUCCUUACAUUUUGCAACUGGCAAGAGGCAAGUGACUCAGAUUGGUGUGAGAUAUGCGAAGGCAAAUUAAUUGUCGGAGAAAAUGAUUUCAAGUUCUAUGUUGUCGGAUACGGCAUUGAAGGAACCACAGGGUUCUAUGGGUGCAAUGAGUGUUGUACCACACUUCAUAUUCAUUGCUUACUUGGGAAGCAGAGAUAUAUGAAGCCUGGUCAAACUAUCUACGUGACAAUGAAGUCGAGAAGCUGUCGUAUUCUUCACAACAAUUCUAAUUCUCGACCAAUUUGCAGUGGAAGAAAAUGCCAGCGCCGCUGUCUAUUCAAUACUGUUUUCAAAGUUGAUGCUCACAUCUUUUGUUGUUGGGAAUGUGCCCAGCUUUUUGAUGAGGAUGAUGAAUGA